AUGAGUUGUCUCUUCUAUCUGAUAGGCUUUCCGCGCCGAGCUCUCCGCUGUCGUCUGGCCAUUGCAAUUACUAUGAACUUCAUCAACUACGGUUAUGUUGAAGAGGCCCAUGUAGAGGAGAUAUCCGGGGUGGGCAGUGUUUUCAAUCAGCCAUACUUUGCCCAGAUCUCCAAGACGCUGGGGAUUGAGCUGGAGAAUUUAGUCUACUACAAAGACGAGACGCACUACAUCGUCAUGACGAUUAAAAAAAGGUCUCUUCUUAAUAAAGGCGUCUUGAUUGAGAAUGCUUACCAUCUUAAUAUGCGCAUGAACUUUCAGGAUAGCAGUCUGUGUUUGGACGCAGACGUUGUUAUUGGACCUUUUAAGAUUUCGUUUCCUGAUGCCAGUUCUGCUCUUCGUCUUACUUUUUUCCUCUUUCUCGUAGAUGACUUCCUAGGUCCAGCCAAGGCACCAUAG